GUGUUCGCAGGUACGAUGCUGGGCGGGAUGGCUUCAUUGACCUCAUGGAACUGAAGCUCAUGAUGGAGAAGCUGGGGGCCCCCCAGACCCACCUUGGCUUGAAGAACAUGAUCAAGGAGGUGGAUGAGGACUUCGACAGUAAGCUCAGCUUCAGGGAGUUCCUGUUGAUCUUCCGCAAGGCGGCAGCUGGGGAGCUGCAGGAGGACAGCGGGCUGCACGUGCUGGCCCGCCUCUCCGAGAUCGACGUCUCCACCGAGGGAGUUAAGGGAGCCAAGAACUUCUUCGAAGCCAAGGUACAGGCCAUCAAUGUGUCCAGCCGCUUCGAGGAGGAGAUCAAGGCAGAACAGGAGGAACGGAAGAAGCAGGCGGAGGAGAUGAAGCAGAGGAAAGCAGCCUUCCGGGAGCUGCAGUCCACCUUCAAGUAGGGCGGCCCGGGCGGCCCUGCCCCGCCCUGCCUGGUGUGUCACAGGGGCAGGGCCUGGGCUGAGCUGGAGCCCUGGCCGCCCAUCUGACAGAACCACAACUAAAAUCCUAAAUCGUGUGUGUGAUCGGAAGCUUUGCGAAGGGUCUCAGGAGUGGCCCGGGCCCUCACCGCCCCUCCCGCAGCCACCAGCGCAGGCCCUGCAGCCACCCCUGCGGCUCACACCCCGCCGCCCCGCUGCCUGCCCAGGUCCAGCUCCCGCCAUUCCACUCCUGUGUCCUGUGUGCUCACACCCCCACCCCCCAGCCCCUCCACCGGCCCUUAACCAGCGGGCCAACCUGCCCUGGAACUGAGGAGACAGGGGCGCCACCAGAGAGCAGGACCUAAGGGACUGUGGGAGAUGGGGGGUCCCCAGGACCUUGGCCUCCAGCUCUGCCCCCUCUCUCGGGUGGAAUGGGAGCGGCCUCUGCCAGGCAGGGUAGGGGGCUACCAUGCCAAUCUACCUCUCGGGCCCACUCUGCUGGGCUGCCCUGGGGUUGCCGGCAGGGGCAGCGGCUGGGGAGGGCAGGGUGGGAGAGGAAUCAAUCCUUCACCGAGAGAAGAGCCCAGCUCUCUGCCUUGACUCCCCCCAUGUGUCCAGGAAGUGCUUUGACAGCGAGUCUGUUCGCACCUGGCCCCUGUCCAUGCUGUGUUGUGCCCACCCUUCUAGGAAGCAUGGGGACCCCGUGCCCGUCACCUGCUGGGGGAUGGCCCCCCCCAUGCUCGCUCGCGUGUGUCCGUGUUGCCUGUUGCUGUGUUGUGAAGCUGUGACCCCCGCCCCCAAGUGAACGGGCCAGAGUUAUGCAACUUUCUGUGUGUCUCCUGACGGUGUCCCUGCCUUUGGAAUUGGAUAACUCUUUAUUUUACUACGCUGUCCUGAGAGCCCCCACCGCGCCGCUGCCGUGGCCGGCAGAGCUUUUAUUUUUUUGGCAUCAAAGUGAGAGGGUGGGAGGGGCUGAGCCAGCGUGGCGGCCUUGGGCGCCGCCGCAUUGGCCUUAGAGGAUGCGUUUAUACAGAUGAAUAUAAGAUUUUCUUUGGGCUUGUCUUGCAUUUUCUCUUCCCUCCCUUCUCACCACCCCUGCCCCUCUCCCCUAAAACACAAAAACAAAAAAAGAUACUUCUUC